AAAAAUUUCAGAAGAAAAUAGAAAAUGACAUCAACAAGCAGGGAGCACCAAUAUCUCUUGCAGCAUCCAUCCUCUUGAAGCAGAGAUGCCCCCAGAUGUCUGCCAUUGCAUACAGAUUUGCACUCGGAGUGUUAUGGCAUAGUGGAGCCAAAAAACAGGGAUACUUACGAGCAAACCAUUGGGGAGUGUCAGUAAGCCACACCAGUACAUUGCAGAAACUGGAUGAGAUGGGGAGCAAUUUUGAUGAUGAUGUCAAGAUGUGGAAAAGCAAACUUGUAAAGUACCAUCUUAUUAAUGAAGUCCUGGAAAAUGUGGAUCAGUAUGUAAAUGCAAAGGAGAAAGAGCACAUACCUGAAGGAUUUCAAACAACUGAUGUCAGCAGUCUAUCCCUUUCCUUUCCAGAAGUACCUACAAAUGAUGAAGCAAGGAUGUCCUGCAGUGAUGAGAUUUCAGAAAACCAGUCAACGGGUAGUGAGCUUCUAGAUAUGGAAGAGUUUCUGAAUGACUAURCAGAAUUUUGUGACCAGAACAAAGAUUCCCAUGUUUCUGAGAAGGGCUCUAUCUCAAGCUUUCUUUCAAACAGAUGCAGCUUUUCUGAGAAUGACCRGCAAACAUUUAAAGACUUUGUCCAUGAACAAGGGCUUGAUGUUGAUACUCUGAAUAAACAUCAAGUCUCAAUGCUAACAUCCAAGCAAGAAGAGAAUCAGCCUUUACGAUAUCAAAUCAUAGGUGACAAUGUUGAUAUGUUUGUGAAGCCAAAGCACAUGUCCAGUGACAAUCAGAACAAGAGCAUCCACUGGUUUGCUAUGAAUGCCAUUCAAGAUCGUGUUAGUUCAGCAAGUAACACUUCUCAACAAAUCCAACCGAUUUUGAAUGUUGAAAAUUCAGAGUUUCUGCCAUCGCCUGAAGAUAACAAAAAACUGUUGCAAGACUUCAUUCUACUUACUGCUAGAGUUCUAAUAAAGAGAGUUCCUGACUUGCAGUGUUUAAAAGGAUGUGCUGUAAAGCACAUUCCACAUAAGUAUUCAAAGGAAAUGAAAAAAAAAUCUGUUCAGGUACCCUUAGGCUUACUAUUCAAAAAUGAAAAUCUGAAUGAUGAAAUGAUAGAAAUCUUGGAGCACAUACACUCCCAUUAUGUCCCCACAAAGAUGGUGGAAACUGAAAAUGGUGACCUGCAGAGUGAAGUGAUGGAAUCUUUAUUUUUUGGCGGAGAUCAACUGACCGAGGAGAGGGGAAGGAACUGCAAAGAUGCCAGAGCUGAUUCAGACACACAAUAUGACAGAUUAGAAGGUGUUGAAACUAAGCAUGAAGACUGGCACUCAGUACGAUUGAUAUAUCAGAUCUUAUAUGAUAUUCUSUACAAGCCCUCCUCCGCAACUGAUCAAGGGACAAUGUGCUCUAACAUGAAURUAAAGUGUCUUGGGAGAAUAGUCACCUUUGCUAGCAAGUGA